UAGUUUAUAUGCUGUUGGUGUUGGUGGGUUUUUGUCCUUUAAAACUCUAACUCUCUAUCUCCUUCUAUCCUAUCUAUCUCUCUCACAAAAGUUAAAAUAUAUAAAUGAAUUUUUGAAAGAGAUCUGGGAUUUUAACUUCCUUAGAUUUCUUAUGCAUUUUCGGGAACUUCGAUGCUUUUCCCUUUCAAUUUGAUCGCAAUUCAACCUCGGACUGGGAGGUCAGUUGCAUGUUAAGGAUUCUGAAUUUUGCUUCCUCUUGAUGUUUCUGCCAUCUUGUGCUUUUUGUGAAGUGACGAAGAUCUGGUAUACUGAUGCUUCUGGUUAAUUGAUGAGUUGUAUAUAUUCAUGCUAUGGUGUUGAAGAAAAGGCUUGAUUAUGGAUUCAGGGGCUUUCAGGUCCCCGUUAUACCUAGACAUCCUAGAUCUGCAAGAAGGAGGAGGGUUCCUUUCAAGAAACCAGCUGAGGAUGGCCAAGCUUGUGCUUUUGAACUACUGGCAUCUUUAGCUGGCAAGUUGUUGCAAGAGAGUGAAAGCUCUGCUUCUAGCAAUGCAUCUGAAGGAAAUCAUCACCUGGCCUUUAGCAAAUGUGUUGUUGAGAAGGAAAGAUGUGAUGAAGUUAAACCAUCAAAAGAAGUGGGAAUUCAUAAUGGAAGUUGUGUAGAAAGUAUUUUUAUGACUGAGGUGGGCUCACAGAAGAGUGGUGAGAAACCCUUUGCAUGUGUCAAGACUGAUAGUGUAUUAGAAUGUGUUUCAGCUAAAGAUAAUUCUGACAGUUGGGAAAAUAUCAAAGCUGGUGUGAAGUCUAAAAUUUUCAAAUGGGAGAAUAAGUUUGUAAAUCAUUCUAACAGAUUGGUAGAAGUACCUGAAGAUCAAGAGGCUGGCAAUUCAGCCUUUGAGGGAUUAUCGUUGGAAAAUAAAGUUCCUUCGAAGGACCCAUUGGAGUUGUGCAUUAACUCUCCUGCACUAGUUAAUUCAAACAGUGAUGUGAAAUCUCCAUUGUGUAGGAAUCAGUUUCCCAAAUCUGCCUUUUCCGGGCAUGGGAAUGAUAUUAAGUUAGGUUUUAUUGAUGAUGACGAAAAAUUUAUAAGGUGCAACAAAGUUGGCACCAAGUCUAAAGCUUUUAGACCUCAACAGUGCAUUUCACACCGCAUAAUCAGGAAGCGGUUGACUUCCAAAUCCUGGAAGGUUGCUCCAAAGUUGAAGGACUAUGAACAUUCUAGAUCUGAUGAGGGAGUAAAAACUCUUAAUCGUAAGAGGAAAACUUGCUACAGUUUUGAUAGACCUCAGCAUUGCACUCUUUUCAAGCGUAGCAAAUUCAUUGACAGGGGUUCAGUGGUAACUUCUGAUGGAGGAUUCAGCAGCGACAGUGUAUAUGAUUCACAUGAGAAAGGAAUUGAUGGAGAUAACCCUGGCUCAUCUGGAAAACCGCGACAAGCUAAGGAUUCUCAUGUUAAGUUUAGCAUCAAGUCAUUCAAGAUUCCAGAACUUUAUGUUGAAGUUCCUGAAAUUGCGACUGUUGGUUCACUAAAGAGGACAGUCACGGAGGCAGUGAUGACUAUACUCGGAGGUGGAGUGCAUGUGGGUGUUCUUGUUCAGGGGAAAAAAGUAAAAGAUGACAACAGAACUCUUCUUCAGACUGGUGUAUCGUGUAAAGAAAAUCUGGAUAAACUCGGUUUCAUGUUGGAGCCCACUUCUUUUCAAUCUUCUCCUACUGAUUGUGUUGGAGAUCCUUCUCAAUGCAAAACCCUCAAGCCUUCCAGGUCCCAAGGAACUCCCAUCUUCGAUUCAGGGGUUACUGAUGCCUUACAGGAUUCCUCCUUGCUGACAAAUACUUCCAACCUUGAUGAAAUUAACCAUGACUCCACUUCUUCCUUGACUGACACUACAGCUGACAAACUAACACCAGAUUCCAGAGCCCUAGUUGCUGUUCCAGAUAGGAGUACAGAAGCAUUAGCUCUGGUUCCUGUGAAUCAGAAAACCAGGCGCUCUGAGCUUGUACAGCGUCGAACUAGGAGACCAUUCUCUGUGUCUGAAGUAGAAGCACUUGUUCAGGCAGUUGAGGAACUUGGAACUGGAAGGUGGCGUGAUGUAAAGUUGCAAGCUUUUGAAAGUGCAGACCAUAGGACUUAUGUUGACUUGAAGGAUAAAUGGAAAACAUUAGUGCACACUGCAAAAAUCUCCCCUCAACAAAGGAGAGGAGAACCAGUUCCCCAGGAUCUAUUGAACAGGGUUUUGGCUGCUCAUGCUUACUGGUCUCACCACCAAGCCAAGCAGCACGGCAAGCAUCAAGCUGCAACCAUGAAGGUCAUAGAAGCCUAAGCCAAAUGAGACAAACAGCGUUGAUGUUGUGAUCAUGUAGAAAUAAUUUAACGUUGUUGACUUGUAGUAGUGGAAAACAAACUUGUACAUUCUGAUUCAAUUUCGUGUAAUAUCCUCACCAAAUUCAUUGCUGGCCUUUAAUUUCAAGCAGGCUGGCAUUUGUAAAUGAUUUUAAGGAAUAAGAUUGCUCUGAUAGGAACUUAGUUGUUUUCUUUAUUUCUUUUGUUUUAGUUUCAUGAAUGUAAGUAGGAAUGUCAAAAGAACAUGACAGCAUAACAAAGGAAAAAGAAAUUGUUCUCCUUGUAAUUAUCUCUAGUUCUAUCAAUGCAACAAGUACUUGGGAUCCA